CACAUUUUAUUACCACUGUGAUUUUUUUUUUUUUUUGCUUUGUUUUCUUUUCAUUUUUCUCAACAGGUUGUGAAGGGCUGACAAAACUCGACUUGACCGUAAAUUUCAUCGGAGAGCUGAGCAGCAUCAGAACCCUGAAGCACCAUAUCCACCUGAAGGAGCUCUUUCUAAUGGGUAACCCAUGUGCUGACUUUGAAGGGUACAGGCAGUUCGUGGUGGCAACUCUUCAACAAUUAAAGUGGUUGGAUGGUAAAGAAAUAGAGCGUUCAGAAAGGAUUAAGGCAUUGCAGAACUAUCCAGUAAUUGAACAACAAAUCAGAGAGCAAGAAAGAGCUUACUGCCUCAAGCGAGCCAAAGACAAGGAAGAGGCUCAAAGGAAACUCGAAGAAGAGCAGGAAAACAAAGACAAGAAGGAAAGUGACCCAGGCUUUGAUGGACGGUGGUACACAGACAUCAGUGCUACCCUCCCAUCUUCUUUAGAGAGCAAAGAACACCUUCCAGCAUCAGAAAUACAAGAAGAGGAGUGUAAUAGAAAGAAAUUUGAUGAAAGCGAAGAAGACUUAGCAUUCUGGAAUAAGCCCUCUUUGUUUACUCCUGAAUCUAGAUUGGAAACUCUUAGACACAUGGAAAAACAGCGGAAAAACCAAGAAAAAUUAAGUGAAAAGAAGAAGAAAGUGAAGCCACCCAGGACUUUGAUCACUGAAGAUGGAAAAGCCUUGAAUGUAAAUGAGCCCAAACUUGACUUCUCUUUGAAAGAUGACGAGAAGCGUAACCAGAUCAUCUUGGACCUUGCUGUCUACAGGUACAUGGAUACCUCUUUAAUUGAUGUGGAUGUGCAAACAACUUACGUGCGAGUAAUGGUCAAAGGGAAGCCAUUUCAGCUGGUACUUCCUGCAGAAGUUCAACCUGAUAGCAGCUCAGCUCGAAGAUCUCAGACAACGGGGCAUUUAGUCAUCUGCAUGCCCAAGGUAGGAGAAGUAAUCACAGGUGGCAGAAAAUCAUCCAAGUCUGUGAAAACCACCUCAGAUGUCAUCAAAGAACAAACAAACAACAGAAGCAAGCAAACUGAGAAGCUAGAAGUAGAUCCUAGCAAGCAUUCAUUUCCUGAUGUGGCUAACAUUGUUCAAGAGAAAAAACACACACCUAGAAGAGUUGGAUCUGAACCAAAAUGUAUACCAAGGGAUGACGAUCCAGACUUUGAAGAUAACCCUGAUGUGCCUCCAUUGAUUUGA